AAUACAUGUGUGUUGCUUGAGUACAUAGCGUGAGAAAGAACUGAGAAAAUCCUAAUCUAUGGGCACUGUUUCAUCCUUCUCGUUUCCACCUCUUAUCGGAACCUCCAUUUCCCGUUCCUCAAAUUCGCGUCUCGUCGUUGCGGCUUCCGAGGGCGGUGCCUCUUCCUCAGCCACCAAAUUGCUCACUUUUCUCGGCAAAGGUGGCUCAGGCAAAACCACCGCCGCUAUUCUCGCCGCCCAGCAUUAUGCUUUGGCUGGGCUGAAUACAUGUUUGGUCAUACAUGGCCAAGACACCACUGCUGACUACCUUCUCAACUGUAAGAUUGGAACUUCCCAUAUGGCAUGCAACAAGAACCUUUCUGCUGUUAGGUUGGAAACAACCAAAAUGCUUCUUGAACCUUUAAAACUUCUGAAGCAAGCAGAUGCCCAACUUAAUAUGACUCAGGGCACACUUGGAGGGAUUGUUGGAGAAGAGCUUGGCAUCCUGCCUGGGAUGGACUCUAUCCUUUUGGUACUUGCACUUGAGAGACUUGUAGGGUUUUUGGGGAUUGCUGCAUCAAAGAGUCAAGAGGAUAAAUUUGACUUAAUAAUAUAUGAUGGUAUCAGCAGUGAGGAAACCCUGCGAAUCAUAGGUGGAAGCAGUAAAGCAAGAUUGUACUUGAAAUAUCUCCGCACCUUGGCUGAGAAAACUGAACUUGGGAGAUUGGCUGCUCCUUCACUACUGAGACUUGUGGAUGAGGCCAUGCUAAUAAGUAGCAGCAGAUCUUACUUUAAUGGGAAAAUGAGUUCGGAAAUAUGGGACACUUUGGAUCAAAUGCUGGAGAGAGGAUCUUCUGCAUUCUUAAACCCACAGAAAUUUGCUUGCUUCCUUGUGAUGGAUCCGAACAGUCCGACAUCAAUCAAUUCUGCAUUACGAUAUUGGGGAUGUACAAUUCAGGCUGGUGCUCAGAUUUCUGGUGCUCUCGGAAUCACCUCUCAGCAAGAAAAUUUAGAAAUAUUGGAAAGAGCAAAGAAAGAGUUUUCUCCUUUGCCAUCUGCUUUCAUUUCAAGAUUGUUGAUGAAUAAUCCUAUAGAUUGGAGCAGAGUUCUACUGGAUACCGACAAUGAAGAUGCUAGGCAUCUUCUUAAUUCGCUAACAAGUCAAGUUGUUGUUAUGCCAUCUCCAGUUAGAUUUGAUAUAAAAAGAAGAUCGGUUACUCUCUUUAUGCCAGGUUUUGACAAAUCAGAGAUCAAGCUGUACCAAUAUAGGGGAGGAUCUGAGCUGUUGGUAGAAGCAGGAGACCAAAGACGUGUCAUUCCUUUGCCUCCAGAAAUUCAAGGAAAGGUUGGCGGAGCCAAAUUUGAGGACAGAAGUGUUGUUAUUACAUUGCUGUGACCUUACUAUUCUUUUUAAUUUCCUCCUUUAUGCAUGCUGAUAAUUAUCAGUGUUUGGAGGAGGUUUUUUUUUUUUU